GUGACCGUCGGGCUCUGGACCGGAUCGCAGAAGAAAUAGGCUUCUCCGGGAGAUGAUGCCUGGACUGGAGAGGCAGAUUACAGCUAGGGAAGGGGCCAGUAGGAAAGUUGGGUUCCUGGAAGUGCACAUGGCCAAAAGGAGACCUUGCUCAGCUUUGGGAGAUGAUUGUGCUGGGCUCCUGUACCUGCCUCCAGGUGUCCCAGCAGCUCUGGGCAGGAGCAUGUGCGGGCCGUGUGCAGAGUCCCAGUGCCAAAUGCAGUGUGAUGAGUGAGAUAAACAAGAGCAAAUAUACAUACAGCAGUGUGCAGUCUGCUCGAAUUCCUGAGGCUUGCUGCAUGCCAGACCGAAGACUCGCUCGGCCUUUCCUGGGCUGGCUCGGGAGCAGAGUGGAAGCUGCAGGACUGAGCACAGAAAGUGCCUUCCCCAUUGCUAGUUAGGGGGGUCCUUUUAAGGUGACCAAGUAGUCUGGUGAAGGUGAACUGCUUUAGUGGAGGUGAAGUGUGACCCUGGACACAGCAAUGGAGAAAGCUGGAGGUGAGAUGCCUAGGAGCCCUGACCAGUCCUUCCUAGCAACUCGGCAUGACUCACAGGAGACCCUGCUGUCUGUCCACAAGUGGUGGUCCUUGAGGAGGAGCCCUCGGGACAGGGGUCCCACCAGGCAGAUGCCUUUGGAGGAGGAAGGCUCUCCCCCAUCAGAGGAAGGAAAAUUUUCCCUGGAGGUUUUGAAUGGAACACAGGAAAUCCGCUCCAGUCAGAUUCUGUCUAAACUUUCUUUGCCUACUCGUGGCUGGGAACCAACAAUGAAACAGAGUUUUGCCUUUGACAAUGUUGGCUACGAAGGUAGUCUGGACGGUAUGUGCCCUUCACAGGCAAUCAGUGGCACCAUCAGCAUUUCGGGCAUGACUUGCCAGUCAUGUGUAAAGUCUAUUGAGGGCAGGAUUUCCAGUUUGAAAGGCAUUGUGAGUAUAAAGGUUUCCCUGGAACAAGGCAAUGCAAUUGUAAAAUACGUGCCAUCAGUUUUGAGCCUGCCACAGGUUUGUUGUCAAGUUGAGGACAUGGGCUUUGAGGCCAGUAUUGCAGAAGGAAAGGCUGACUCCUGGCCUUUAAGGUCCUUGCCAGCCCUGGAGGCUGUAGUCAAGCUUCGAGUAGAGGGCAUGACCUGCCAGUCCUGUGUCAGCUCCAUAGAAGGCAAGAUUGGGAAACUGCAAGGAGUGGUGAGAGUCAGAGUCUCACUCAGCAACCAAGAGGCAGUCAUCACUUAUCAGCCUUAUCUUAUUCAACCUCAAGACCUCAGGGACCAUGUCAACGACAUGGGGUUUGAAGCUGUCAUCAAGAACAAAGUGGCUCCUGUAAGCCUGGGACAAAUUGAUAUUGGACGGUUACAGAGCGCUUACUCAAAAACACCUACUACUUUGAACCAGAAUGUCAAUAACUCUCAGACCUUGGAGCAGCAAGGGAGCCAUGUGGUCACCCUGCAACUGAGCGUAGAUGGAAUGCACUGUCAGUCUUGUGUCCGGAAUAUUGAAGAAAAUAUCAGCAAACUCCCAGGGGUUCAAAAUAUUCAGGUGUCCUUGGAGAACAGAACUGCCCAAGUACAGUACCAUCCUUCUUAUGUCUCCCCUGGGGACCUGCAGAAGGCGAUCGAGGCUCUUCCACCAGGGAACUUUAAAGUUUCUCUUCCUGAUGGAGCAGACGGAAGUGGGACAGAUAACAGGUCUUCUACACAUCACUCCCCUGUCCCUGCUCAGAGAACCCAGGUGCAAGAUGCGUGCUGUACCGUGGUGCUUGUUAUUGCUGGCAUGACCUGUGCAUCCUGUGUCCAGUCCAUCGAAGGCCUGAUCUCCCAAAGGGAAGGUGUGCAGCAAAUAUCAGUCUCUCUGGCUGAUGGGACUGGAACGAUUCUCUAUGAUCCCUCUGUAAUCAACCCAGAAGAGCUCCGAGCUGCUGUAGAAGAAAUGGGAUUUGAGGUUUCCAUUGCUUCCGCAGACUAUCCUGGCAACCAUGUUGGAGAGCACAGUGUGGCGAAUUCCACAGCACAGACUACAACUGGCAUGCCUGUUUCUGUACAGGUAGUGGCUCGCCAUGGUGGGGGCCCCCUGAAAAUCCACAGCUCUGGCCUCUCAGCAAAGUCUCCACAAGCCUCCACAACAGUGACACCAAAGAAGUGCUUUUUACAGAUCACAGGCAUGACCUGUGCAUCCUGUGUGUCUAACAUAGAGAGAAACCUGCAGAAAAAAGCCGGUAUUCUCUCCGUGCUGGUUGCCUUGAUGGCUGGAAAGGCAGAAGUUAAGUACAAUCCAGAAGUCAUCCAGCCACUCGAGAUAGCUCAGCUCAUCCAGGACUUGGGCUUUGGGGCAGCAGUAAUGGAAGACUACACAGGCUCCGAUGGUGACAUUGAGCUGAUCAUCGCUGGGAUGACCUGCGCUUCCUGUGUUCACAACAUAGAGUCCAAACUCAUGAGGACGAAUGGCAUCACCCAUGCCUCCGUGGCCCUCGCAACCAGCAAAGCCCAUGUGAAGUUUGACCCAGAAAUUAUCGGUCCGAGGGAUAUUGUCAGAAUUAUUGAGGAAAUCGGCUUUCAUGCUUCCAUGGCCCAGAGAAACCCCAGCGCUCAUCACUUGGACCACAAGAUGGAAAUAAAGCAGUGGAAGAAAUCUUUCCUGUGCAGCCUGGUGUUUGGCAUCCCUGUUAUGGGUUUAAUGAUCUAUAUGUUAAUACCCAGCAAUGAACCCCAUGAGUCUAUGGCCCUGGACCACAACAUCAUUCCAGGAUUGUCGAUUCUAAAUCUCGUCUUCUUUAUCUUGUGUACCUUUGUCCAGUUCCUCGGUGGGUGGUACUUCUACGUUCAGGCCUACAAAUCUCUGAGACACAGAGCUGCCAACAUGGAUGUGCUCAUCGUGCUGGCCACCAGCAUUGCCUAUGCCUACUCUCUGGCCAUCUUGGUGGUGGCCAUUGUGGAGAAGGCUGAGAGGAGCCCCGUGACAUUCUUUGACACUCCCCCCAUGCUCUUUGUGUUCAUUGCCCUGGGGCGGUGGCUGGAACACGUGGCAAAGAGCAAAACCUCAGAAGCCCUUGCCAAACUCAUGUCUCUCCAAGCCACAGAAGCCAUCGUGGUGACCCUUGGCGAGGACAACUCAAUCAUCAGAGAGGAGCAAGUGCCCAUGGAGCUGGUGCAGCGGGGUGAUGUCAUCAAGGUUGUUCCAGGGGGAAAGUUCCCAGUGGAUGGGAAAGUCCUAGAAGGCAAUACCAUGGCCGACGAGUCCCUCAUCACAGGAGAAGCCAUGCCAGUCACUAAGAAACCCGGAAGCACAGUGAUUGCUGGGUCUAUAAACGCACAUGGCUCUGUGCUCGUCAAAGCUACCCAUGUGGGCAGUGACACCACUUUGGCUCAGAUUGUGAAAUUGGUGGAAGAGGCUCAGAUGUCAAAGGCACCCAUUCAGCAACUGGCUGACCAGUUUAGUGGAUAUUUUGUCCCAUUUAUCAUCAUCAUUUCAACUUUGACGUUGGUGGUGUGGAUUAUAAUCGGUUUUAUCGAUUUUGGUGUUGUUCAGAAGUACUUUCCUAUUCCCAACAAACAUAUUGCCCAGGCAGAGGUAAUCAUCCGGUUUGCAUUCCAGACGUCCAUCACAGUGCUGUGCAUUGCCUGCCCCUGCUCCCUGGGCUUGGCCACACCCACGGCAGUCAUGGUGGGCACCGGCGUGGCUGCCCGGAACGGCAUCCUCAUCAAGGGGGGCAAGCCUCUGGAGAUGGCCCACAAGAUAAAGACUGUGAUGUUUGACAAAACUGGCACCAUUACCCACGGGGUCCCCAAAGUCAUGCGGGUCCUCUUGCUCGUGGAUGUGGCCACGCUGCCCCUCAGGAAAGUUCUUGCUGUGGUGGGGACUGCGGAGGCCAGCAGUGAGCACCCCUUGGGUGUGGCUGUCACCAGAUACUGUAAAGAGGAACUUGGAACUGAGGCCUUGGGAUACUGCAUGGACUUCCAGGCUGUGCCAGGCUGUGGAAUUGGCUGUAAAGUCAGCAGCGUGGAAGGCAUCCUGGCCCACAGCGAGCACCUGAGUGAACGGGCUACUCACCUGAAUGGGGUUGGCAGUGUCCCCACGGAAAUAGACGUAGCUCCCCAGACUUUCUCUGUGCUGAUUGGAAACCGAGAAUGGAUGAGGCGCAACGGCUUAGCCAUUUCCAGCGAGGUCAGCGACGCUAUGACAGACCACGAGAUGAAGGGCCACACGGCCAUCUUGGUGGCUAUUGACGGGGUGCUCUGUGGAAUGAUCGCCAUUGCAGAUGCCGUCAAGCAGGAGGCCGCCCUGGCUGUGCACACGCUGAAGAGCAUGGGCGUGGACGUGGCGCUGAUCACGGGGGACAACCGCAAGACAGCCAGAGCCAUCGCCACCCAGGUUGGCAUCAACAAAGUCUUUGCAGAGGUGCUGCCUUCUCAUAAGGUGGCCAAGGUCCGGGAGCUCCAGAAGGAAGGGAAAAAAGUCGCCAUGGUGGGAGACGGCAUUAAUGACUCCCCAGCCUUGGCCCAGGCUGAUGUCGGCAUCGCCAUCGGGACAGGCACAGAUGUUGCCAUUGAGGCGGCUGACGUUGUUCUCAUCAGAAAUGACUUGCUGGAUGUAGUCGCUGCCAUUCAUCUCUCCAAGAGGACUGUCUGGAGGAUACGGCUCAACCUGGUGCUGGCGUUGAUCUAUAACCUGGUUGGCAUUCCCAUCGCAGCAGGUGUCUUCAUGCCCUUUGGCAUCGUGCUGCAGCCGUGGAUGGGCUCGGCAGCCAUGGCAGCCUCCUCUGUGUCUGUAGUUCUCUCUUCGCUGCAGCUCAAGUGCUAUAAGAAGCCUGACCUGGAGAGGUACGAGGCCCAGGCCCAGGGCCGCAUGAAGCCCCUCACUGCAUCCCAAGUCAGCGUGCACAUUGGCAUGGAUGACCGGCGCCGGGACUCCCCCAGGGCCACGCCCUGGGACCAGGUCAGCUACAUCAGCCAGGUGUCUCUGUCCUCCCUGAAGUCUGACAAGCUGUCUCGGCACAGCACCUCAGCUGAUGACAGUGGGGACAAGUGGUCUCUGCUCCUGAAUGACAGGGACGAGGAGCAGUUCAUCUGAAAGCUCCAGGCUGGUGCAGACCCCAUGGUCCAUCUCCUAGCUGAUCAGCAGCUCUAGCCCCAGGUGCAGCAUCGCAGCCACUUCCACGCCCUGGACAUUCAGAUCAUUCCUCCCUGCAGCAGAUGGCAUUGUCCAGAUGUGGCUCCUGGGCAGAACCACCCUGCCUGGAUCCCACAGCACAGGGUGAAGCCUUAUCCAGGCUAUUGGUGUGGGCUUCUUGGAAACCUUGCCGACUCUAGAAAAGGGUGGACAGCCACCCCUCGUACAGACCUCGGCUUUAUUUAGUAUUUGGGAUGACUGUGAAAUGAAGAAAAUCUUACCAGGACCAAAAACUUAGCUGAGCCUUUCCAUAGAACUCAUGAAAAACCUCGGUGUUGUCCUCUUUUUUACAAUGCCCGCGAGCAUCAUAUCUCUAAGAUCACAGUUUACCUCAAGUGCAUUCUUUAGUUUCUGCUGGUACAGCCUCUUCUUUUUCUGUCCUUGACACUGGGGGUGGCACCCUCGUCUUUCAGGGCAGGACUGGCAUCCUCCUGGUCCCUGCUGCUGCUCUCAGGCGCUUCUCAAGUGCAUGUGCCCAUGUGCGCUGCCGCCUGAGUCUGCUCACUCACAUGCCCAGCCAGAGAGCUUGCCAGUUCGUUCUUGCUUACGAGCCACUUCUCUGUGGAGUCUUGACCAUUGCUGCCCAGAUGAAGUGAGGGUCUCAGAGCCUGAGACUUGAGAAGUCCAGCUUCCUGUGGGGUCCAGGCGCUUGGGCCCGGGGAGACUUGUGGUGCUUGAAGACCUGUUGGGGGAGACUCGUGCAGGCAGGAACCUACCUCAUGGCUCCUGGAGCUUCAGUUACAUGGUCUGCUGUGUGACUGUUACUUUAUGGUGAAAAAUGUAGAAUUCAUGGUGGUUUGUGCAACUCUGAGAAAACAAAGAUUCCCAAACUAGAGGGCAUCACAGCUCUCCUCCAUGAGCUUCUACUGCAUGCUGAGUUGGUGGUGCUUUAGGAAAGGGGUGGCCACAACUUCCCAAAGGAAAAGUCCUUUGUAACUUUUGGUGGCUCUUUGUGAUUGCAUGACCCUGGAGGGGCAGGACUGUGGCUAGCUUUCGACUUUGGAGUUACUGUUGACUGACAGAUCACAUGCGAAUAGACUAGUAGAAUCAUAAUCUUAGAAUAGGCAGAGCAAAGCUCAUUCUAAAUUCUAAAGUGAAUCCCUUGUCACACACACAAAAUAAUUUUAUUUAUUGAGGGUCAGUUAUUUUCCAAGGCAGUGUAAGCACUUUUUAUAAGUUAACCUCUAAUCCUCCCAACAAACCACCAAAGUAGGUAUUAUUUUCCACCUUUCACAGGCAGGGGAAUAGGCUCAGAGAGGUUAAGUACCUGCUCAGGGUCACACAGCCAGUACACUUGCUGGAACAGGGGUCUGAAUGCAUGUCUGCUGGCUCUGAAAUCUUUUCUUUCUGCUUCACCUUGAAUAUUUUGCUUGAUAAGAAUAAACAAGAAAAGGUCCUUGUUCCUGGAAGAACAAAUUUGCCAGAUGAUGUAUUCAUUGUAUCGUCUUGUAAUGAAAUUUGAUCAUAAGAUCAUCUCACCCUCCCAUGGAUGGUUCAUUUUUAUUUUUACAUAUAAUUUAGCUUUUGCUGGGUUUUAUCCUCUGAAAUCCAAGUGCAGGGUUUUGUGGUGUUUUUAUUAUUUUCAAUCUUCCUUUUCCUCUCAGCCCCUUCCUGCCAUGUGUCCCCAAUUGUCUUUAUUUUUUGGCUGUGUUUGGAGGGUGUUUCUUAUUUCCUAAUUAGGCUAAUCAUUUUCUAAAAACUCUAAUUGUAUUGAUUCCCCAAAAAGCUUUUAGGAUCAUAAACAUCAUGUUUAUAUAGACACAGAAAUCUAUAAUAAUAAAAGGGUAAUAUGCUAAUUAGACUGGGUGUCUUCCGGACAUCCUUCCUGACGAAGACAGGGCCGAAGCAAGCCUGAGCCCCAGGUGCCUGCUGGCAGCCGGAGGAGAAAAGCCCAGGUUCUGGGUGCCAGAGGGAAGCCAGUGGAGGGAAGUCAGUGCUGGCAACUGGGGGAAGGAAGGCCUACUCUUGCAUGAAUUUUCAUGCAUCGGGCCUCUAGUAUUUAUAUAAUUGUACAGAAAUAACCUUUUAGAUGUUCAAAGUGUCAGAAUUUUUUUGUCAGAUAAGAACAAUUUCUACUUAAAAACUUUCCAUGCUAUAUUAGAAUAAAGUUUCUCUUUGUUCAUAAAAACAUCUGCUUUUUGCUGGCCCUGUCUGAGUGAGGAGCAUGGUGGGGCCAGGGCAGCCCUGCUUCAGUGAGAACUUUGAGGGGCUGGCUUUGCUGUGGGUUCCUUUUCAGGGGGUGGGGUUUUAACUGGAGGCCUCCAGGGUGGCCCGCAAUGUGUGAGCCCCUCCCGUUGCCUGCCUCAGUGGUGCGUGGAGAGAACUCUGAAGGGUGACCCACGUCAGGGUGUCUGUUACACUGGCCGACAGCCCAGACUACCCUUUAGAUGCACUUUUCUUGUUGAGGGUCAUUGUCUACAAAAGACUGUGGGAUUGAUUCACCUUAGGCAGAGAUUAGAUUUCCUUAGAAAAUAGAUGCUUUCUAAAUCUUGAGCAGAUUUCCUUGACAGGAUUACACGUGUAGCAGAAUAAAUCAUAGCAUCUGUCAAUUCCUAAUAUGUUUUUGGUCUUUAAGACCUUAGUGAGGAAUUAUGCUGAGAUCACCUUUUAAAUAAGUGGGUGUAAUAAUUCUAGUAUUUUUUCAAAUGACAACUGGAAAUUGACAUGUCAAAAAAAAUAGAUCCCCCAAUUUUUCUGCUAGUUUACUAAGGACUAAUAAAUAAAUAAAUGACCUUUAUUUUAAGAAAAUCCAGCAUAGCAAAAUCAGCCAGUCAUAGAGGUUAAUUAGAAAAAGGUUAUUUGAAUUACAGAAGGACUUUUUUUUGCUUUAAAAAAUUCAUGCCAAUAUUUCAGUAAAUUCCAUAAUGCAUAUAAAAUUCUCCUUGAGGUAUUUUUUGUAUAUACAACCUUUCUUAACUGCAUCAAUUGUUUAAAAAAAGAGCUAAGGAAUGCAUAUACAAAAGAAAUGCUUUCAGCAAACAUUA